AUGUUGCCUCCUCCAUUUUGCUUUUUUUUUACUCUUCCUUUUGUUUUUCCUUGUCUUCAUAACCCCCUUCUUUUCCUCUUUUCCCCCUCUCUGUUCAUUUCGUUCCUUAUUUUCUUCUUUCUCUUCUUACUCUCCUCAUUACCCUUAUUUUCUUCUUCCUUUUACAGGAUGGAAUAUGGGCGCAGAGCAGCAGUAGUAGCUUCUUUUCGCGUCGGAAAGAAGCCUACGGAAGUAAUGGUCUCGUUUGGGUUCGAAAGGACCAUGGUCAUGGACAUUUGGAGGAAGUGGAAGGCGUGUGAGAACAAGGACGAGUUUACUGCCAAACGAAAGGCACGCAACGUUCGUUCUUCGGCCGUUAGGACCGACAAGUUCGUCGCCGCCGUCAAGGAGACAGUCGGCAAUGAUGGAAGCCAGAGCUAUGCCAAGAUCGCCGCUGACAUGGGCUGUCACAAGUCGACGAUCUGCCGAACGAUCAAGAAGGACAUUGGUUACUCCUCCUACCACAAGUUUCACCGCAUGUUCAUCACUAAUGCCUCCAAGGAGUCGAUGAAGGUCAAGGCAGUGGCUUUGCUGACUGAGCUCAAACACUGGUCCGCUGGGAUGCUGAGGUUCUUCUCUGAUGAAAAGAAUUUAAUCCAGGACCAGACGAGCAAUAGGCAGAACGACGGGUGGAUCUGCAAAGACAACGAGGAAUUUCCCGUCUUGAAGCAUACGAAGUUUCCCUCCUCUAUCAUGGUCCUUGGCGUCAUCUCCAGCGAGGGGGGACGUCAUGCCUCCGUUCUUCUUUCGAAAGGGCCUGCGAGUCACCGCUGA